AUGAGGACAUCCCUCUGCCCCAUGGAGGACAUCCCUCUGUCCCUCUGCCCCAUGGAGGACAUCCCUCUGUCCCUCUGCCCCAUGGAGGACAUCCCUCUGUCCCUCUGCCCCACUGAGGACAUCCCUCUAUCCCUCUGCCCCAUGGAGGACAUCCCUCUAUCCCUCUGCCCCACUGAGGACAUCCCUCUAUCCCUCUGCUCCAUGGAGGACAUCCCUCUAUCCCUCUGCCCCACUGAGGACAUCCCUGUAUCCCUCUGCACCACUGAGGACAUCCCUCUAUCCCUCUGCCCCAUGGAGGACAUCCCUCUAUCCCUCUGCCCCACUGAGGACAUCCCUCUAUCCCUCUGCACCACUGGGACAUCAUUCUAUCCCUCUGCCCCAUGGAGGACAUCCAUCUAUCCCUCUGUCCCACUGAGGACAUCCCUCUGCCCGAUGGAGGACAUCCCUCUAUCCCUCUGUCCCACUGAGGACAUGCCUCUGUCCCACGGAGCACAUCCCUCUAUCCCUCUGUCCCACUGA